AUUGUCCAAAGUUCAUCAACACCCAAAAUGAAAGUGUACUUCUAUCCGGAAGUAGCAGAACAUAAAAACAACCUAAUGCGAGUUUCCAUGAAGAGCGUGUUGUGAAGCAGCUGCACAUGUGAUCAGUGAUCAUGGCUACUGAAUCUCCUCAGGGAGUCUCCUCUGUGAAGUCAGAGCUCAGAAUUGUGAUCUUAGGAAACGAGGACAAGUAUAAAGUGGUCAAAUCAGUCCUAAACUGUGAGAAUCUGACACCAGAGAAAGAUGGUCUGUGUGCUUUAUAUAAGAGUGAACAAGCAGGAAAGAAGAUCAGUGUUGUGGAAGCACCAGGAUGGGACAGACCCUCAAUAACAGACAGAAUAAAAGAAGAAGUUGUCAGAAGCGUGUCACUUUGUCAUCCAGGACCACACGCUCUUCUUCUGGUCAUACCAGUGAAAACUCUCUCUGAAGAACCUUCUAGAGAUGAAAUUAAUGCGGCAGAGAUGCACAUGAAGUUACUGUCAGAGCGCGUCUGGAAACACACCAUCGUGCUGUUUGCUUGUGAUGAAGGAGUGGAGAAAUCAACUAUCAGAGAACACAUUCACAGCGCAGACAAAAUCCUGCACAAGUGUGGAGGACGAUCUCAUGUUCUUCAGAGGAGCACUUGUGAAUCUCAGAUCCAUGAAUUCUUUCAGAAGAUAGACGACCUGGUGAAGAAGAACCGCGGUGAAUUCUUCAUACCACAAGCUUACUAUGAACUGAUUCAGCAGAAGACACAAGAAGUGUCUGGUGCGACUGAGAUCAGGCAGAGACGGGGAAGUUCGGACAUUCCUCCAAACAUGUUCAUUUGUUUUACAGUGAAAACAGACAAAGGAGAUUCAGUGGAGAAGAAAGAAACCAUACAGGCUGCCAAACAUUCAGAAGACGUAUCAAAAAUCUCCAUGGACCUCCAACAGUUUGUACUGAUAUUGAUGACUGCAUUCGGAGCAAUUCUUGGAUCAGUUGCUGGAGCUGAAAAUGGAGUUAGAGGGUCUUUUAUUGGAGUAGUCAUUGGCAUCUUUGUAGGGGUUUUAGUCGCAAUUUUCAUACAGUACAUCAUAAGCAACUGAAUCAUACGGAUCUGCAAAGGUGAUCAGACGCAAGCUAGCUCAGACAUACAGUACAAGUGCAAACAGUGCAGAAUACAUUUUUUUUUUCCUUUUUUAAAUACUUAAUAAUUUUUAGUAUACAAGACAUUUACUAAUGAACUGGUGAUUGCAAUAUUUUGUUGUCUGUUACGUUCCUGGAUUUGCCUGAUCUAUUGUGUCAUGGAGGAAAAGAGGAGCCAAGAACCACUGGAACCAGUGUUUUUAUAAACAAGCUCCACUCAUAAUGCACGUUUUUUAAUCUCUUUAAAAAAAUUCACAUACAUAAACAAAAAUGUCUUAAUUAAUCUCCUAUGAUAAAUUUGUUUUGUUCUGACUUUGACUUUUAUAUUUCUUCAAUAAGACUGUUAAAAAAACAAAAAGUCUGUGACAUGUUUACUUUGUAAUAUCCCUAUUCGUUAAAAUUGAAUGUGAGCUAUGUCUUUUUCUUUCUUAUUUGUUUAUAUUUUGUAUUGUUAUUAUUUGUAUGUUCCUC